CAACUCCAAUCAGCGAAGAGGGACUGUCUGGUUGCGAAGGUAGUGGUCGUGGUUAUUUGCUGCUAGACGACGCAAGUGCUUCCUCCAGAGCUUCCCCGCGGCUAGGUUUAGUGACAAAUUUUUUGGUUAUUUAUCAGUCAAGCUCACCGUGGGUGACCCAUUUCUGUUUUUACAUGAUAAUACCGCAAACUAGUUAGAAAGGUGAGCCUAAUCUACUCUGAACAUAAUAGAGACACGAAAUUACAAUGCCAUCCCCAAUGGAGGGAUCUUCAAGAGAAGGUGACCUGUUUACUGUGAAACAUGAGCUGAAAAAUGCCAACCUGACAGGCCACAUUGAGAGGGUGGGCAUCGAAAACUUUGAGCUACUAAAGGUGCUGGGAACAGGAGCGUACGGGAAGGUGUUCCUGGUGAGGAAGGUGAGCGGCCACGAUGCCGGGAAGCUCUACGCCAUGAAGGUGUUGAAGAAGGCGACUAUCGUCCAGAAAGCGAAGACGGCCGAACACACGCGGACGGAGCGGCAGGUGCUGGAGCACAUCCGCCAGUCUCCGUUCCUCAUAACGCUUCACUACGCCUUCCAGACCGACACCAAGCUGCACCUCAUUCUCGAUUAUGUAAACGGGGGGGAACUUUUCACGCACUUGGUGCAGAGGGUGCGGUUUAAGGAGCAAGAAGUAGCACUGUACAGCGGAGAAAUCGUCUUGGCACUAGAACAUCUACAUAAGCUUGGAAUCGUCUAUCGAGACCUAAAACUGGAGAAUAUUCUACUGGAUUCAAACGGUCACAUCGUUCUGACAGAUUUUGGCCUGAGUAAAGAAUUUGAUCAGGUUGAGAGGGCUUUCUCUGUUUGUGGCACUGUUGAAUACAUGGCUCCAGAAAUAGUUGAAGGAGGAGAUUCCGGACAUGACAAGGCGGUGGACUGGUGGAGCCUCGGUGUGCUGAUGUACGAGCUCCUGACGGGCGGAUCGCCCUUCACCGUCGACGGAGAUGAAAAUUCCCACUCGGAUAUCGCCAAGAGGAUUUGCAAAAAGGAUCCUCCUUUCCCCAAAGACAUGGGACCGCUGGCCAAAGACCUGAUCCAACGACUCCUCGUCAAAGAUCCAAAGAACAGAUUAGGAUCCGGUCCUAACGGAGCAGAAAACGUGAAGAAACAUCCGUUUUAUCAGAAAAUCAACUGGGAGGACUUGGCAGCCAAGAAGGUACCUGCGCCUUUCAAGCCGGUGAUUCGGGACGAGCUGGAUGUCAGUAAUUUUGCUGAGGAGUUCACAGAAAUGGACCCCACUUAUUCCCCCGCAGCGCUGCCUCAGAACUGUGACCGCAUUUUCCAGGGAUACUCUUUCAUGGCCCCCUCCAUCCUGUUCAAGAGGAAUGUGGUGAUGGACGACCCCAUCCAGCUGUGCGGAGGCUCCGAGAGGCCGGGCUCCGCCGCCGUGGCCCGCAGCGCCAUGAUGAAGGACUCCCCUUUCUACAUGAAUUAUGAGAUGGACCUGCAGGACAGCGCUCUGGGAGAGGGCAGCUUCUCCAUCUGCCGCCGCUGCACGCACAAAAACACCGGACAACAAUACGCAGUCAAGAUAGUCAGCAAGCGGAUGGAGGCGCAGACUCAGAGGGAAAUAGCGGCCUUGAAGCUCUGCGACGGCCACCCGAACAUUGUGAAGUUGCAUGAAAUUUACCACGAUCAGCUCCACACAUUCCUGGUUCUGGAACUGCUCGGUGGAGGAGAGCUGCUGGAGAGAAUCCGGAGGAAGCAGCACUUCAGCGAAACAGAGGCCAGCCGCAUCAUGCGCAAACUGGUGUCUGCUGUCAGUCACAUGCAUGAUGUAGGAGUGGUGCACAGGGACCUGAAGCCAGAGAACCUGCUCUUCACAGACGAGAGUGAGAACUCCGAGAUAAAAAUCAUAGACUUUGGCUUUGCUCGUCUAAAACCGCCAGACAAUCAGCUGCUUAAGACUCCCUGCUUCACCCUGCAGUAUGCUGCCCCAGAGAUCCUCAAAUAUAACGGCUAUGAUGAGUCCUGCGACCUGUGGAGCCUGGGGGUCAUUCUGUACACCAUGCUGUCUGGACAGGUGCCUUUUCAGUGUCAGGAGAAGAGCCUGAUCCACACCAGCGCUGAGGAGAUCAUGCACAAAAUCAAGCAGGGGGAUUUCUCUUUUGGAGGCGAGGCCUGGAGAAAUGUGUCCCAGCAGGCUAAAGACCUCAUACAAGAGCUGCUGACGGUGGACCCAGACAAGAGGAUUAAGAUGUGCGGCCUCCGUUACAACGCCUGGCUCCAGGACGACAGCCAGCUGUCCUCCAAUCCACUCAUGACCCCCGACAUUCUCGGCUCCUCCACUGCCUCCGUCCACACUUGCGUCAAAGUGACCUUUAAUGCUUUCAACAAAUGCAAACGGGAAGGUUUCCGCCUACAGACGGUGGACAAGGCGCCGCUGGCCAAGAGGAGGAAAAUGAAAAAGACGAGCACCAGCACGGAGACGCGCAGCAGUUCCAGCGAGAGCACCCACUCCUCCUCCUCCUCUUCGCAGUCUCAGGAGAAGACGCUAACGGAGGGCGAGCCCAAUCCGCCGCCUUCCAACAGCCCCCCUGUCAAAACGCCGGGCGUCGAAGAGACGGACUGCGGAAACCAGAACGCACUUUCGGCCUUUCGCUUCUCGGAAGGACAGUGAGGCGGCAGGCGACGGUUUCCCGGACGCAGUUUUUGGUCGACGGACCGUGGAGUCGGACCCGCGCGACGCCUCGGUCUCCGCCUCCAGCUCCGUUGCAUGGACGUCUGCAUGUCACCAGAACCGAGCAUGCGGCAGGAGCAGCAGCUUGCACCGUAAUAUCAAUCAAUCAAUCAAUCAAUCACCAUUAGCAAUAGCCUCUCUUUUCUUUUCUUUUUCUCUGACUUUCACACUUCCUCUGCUGUCAAUCAGGGUCUGGACCAGGCAGAAGUUGUCAUUGUUGUCUUAAGGGCUGCCCCACCGUCCCCGGUCCAGGAAGAUGGAAGGGAGAGACGUCAUUACUGUCGUUAUAUAUAUAAAAAAACGAAACAAGAAAAAUCCCCCAAAACAACCUCGGUCCUCUCCUCGUUCUUUGUAUCUGUCCGUGUCCAGGCGUUUUUUUGUUUGUUUGUUGUUUUAAAGGGAAACCUGUAGUAUUUAAACCACGGAUGCUUUGUAAGGGAGGAGAAGACGCGAAACAAAACCUCGGGUGAAAUCGCGUUCGAGAAAUGGAGCUUUUAUUUAUAUGUGAAUUUUAGACUGUAAGCUAUUUAUCAUAAGCUAUAUUGUUAACUUAUUAAUGGUUCCAAAUGAGCCUGAAUAGAAAUAAUGGAUACAUGCGAGUUUUCAAAAAACCAAAAAAAAAAAACCUGAUAUUUUUGUGUAAGUACGGUUCCUUAUCCGCAGAAAACAUGGCGGGGUUUGUAAACAUGACUGCAGCUGGCUGGUUAUUACUGUAGACUUUAGUAUCAUGGACGCAAAGAAAAAAAAAAAAACGCAAAACAGCCGACGGGGUUGAUGAUUGUUAAAAUGAAAAAUGUAUGCAUAAAAGAUUAAAGAAGCAAACAUGUGAGCAUUUUAGCCCAAUGUGUUUUGUAGUUUCUGCCCAAAACGAAGCAUUUCCCGUGACCCUGAGAGCAGAGCUGAGUUUAGAGUUUAGAGUUGUCGCUCCCUCCGAUGUGGAAGUACUUUAAAACUUAAAAUGGCCACUUCUCUAGCACAGUCCAAUCCUCAGGGUCAGCAGUGGUUAGCGCAGCGGUUAGCACAGCGGUGGGUUUUUCUUGGGUCGCGCUGCGUCAAAAGAAAUGAAAAAAUUAAUUGUGUCCUUCCCACUACAGUCAAUUAGAUCUUUGGGAGAAUUCAGAUCCGCUCGAUGUGAGAUGAAGUAGAGUGUUCUCUGAUUGACGAUUGAAACGGGCGAUUUCAAGUGGUCUCCUGUUCAGAAAUAACGAAAUGCAAUUACUUUGUAACGGGAAGGUGGUUUUCAUUGUGUGUGUGUGUGUGUACCAAAAUUGCAGCCGAAUCAAGUAAUGUCCGGUUUCCAGCUACGAGUGCAGAGGUGGGGAUAUUUCAGGAGACUGCAGGGCGGCAAACAAAGUCACGUUGCUUCCUUGGAAGUCUUCAAACCUUUUUUAUUCUAACAGCGACAAUAAAAAGUAUUCUCCUGUCUUGGAUGUUUUUUGCUUUUUGUUUCUUUUUACCAUUUUUACUGCUUUGUUAAAUCAGUCAUGAGCAACAAUACUUUUUCAGUUAUUUGACAAAAAAAAAAAAAAACUUAAUCUCAAAAGUGAAAACUGAUUUCUACAAAACGAUAAAAAUACGUAACAUAAAAUCAGUGACUGGAUAAAUAUUCACACCCUUCCAAGUCGGUCUUUGCAGUUUUCUGCCAGUCGUCCUCACAAAACUGUUGGCUUUUCAAGUCCCGCCACCAAUUCUCUAAUCGGGUCGGGCUUUGACUGGGCCCCUUCAGUACAUCCACCUUAUUGUCUUCAAAGCAUUUCUGUGUAGCGUUAGCUGGAUGCUUCGGGUCGCUGUGUUGCUGGAAGAUUAAUAUUCUCUGUAGCCAUAGUGCUCUUGCAGAUGGAAACACAUUGUCCUCCAGAAAGGUGCGAUCACACCAAGCGCGUUUCGCGCGUAUGGUUUACAUUCAGAGUCUUUGUGGAGGCCCGUCGAGGGCCCGUCGCGGCUCGUUUCGCACGCGAUUUGGAGCAUUUGACGCAUCUGACAAAUAGGCCAGAAACGGCUAGAGCGACUUUGAUGCGACUGACGCACCUCAACAUAGAUUUUGUUGAGGUGCGGAGACGUACCGCAUCAGGCACUCAUCUCCGCACUUUCCGAAUCGGAUGUUCCUGAUGCGGAGAGCGCCAGGUGAAGAGCAAAAAUGUCAAGCAUCCACAUUCAAAGUGCACACGCGUCAAACUUGAAGCGUCGGACGCGUUUUUGACGUGCAUAACGUGCCAUUACAAGCCAGGCUGGGAUCACAGCAUGGUGCCAUGUUCCUUCCUUGUCUCCAUGAUGGAUUUAAUUAAACUCUAGGGGAAUUACAGUGCCUAAGAGUUUCUUUCUUUUUUUUGUUACCAUCUUCUGACUGAUACUAACAAUUUUUUUUUCAGAUUUGCUUGUAAUAUUUAGUCUUCAUGCUGGCCUGGUUGCCAGGCGUCUUUACAUCGCAAUCACUUGAAACGAACUCACUUCACUCAUGUGAUUUCUGUUCCACUAAUCAUAAUAGUACUACCAACUGCCUGGGCCUCUGUUAAAUUAAGUCAAGACACUUUAAACCAAGUGAAUAUUUAUGAAAUCACUUCUUUUAUGUUAAAUACUUUUAUUUAAUUAUAAAAUUGUGGAAACCAGUUCUCACUUUGUGGUUAAAGGAGUUUUGGGUUUUUUUUUUUUUGUGAAAAACAAAUCAAAUUUUUAUGCUCAUGAUUGAUUUGCAAGAGUGAUAAAUAGGUAAAAACAUCCGAGGGCGUGAAUACUUUUUACAGGCACUGCAUGUCUGACUCGGCUUGUUCUUCAUCUCUGAUGCUGCCCUAACUCCAUCUACCGUGUGUGAAAUAAGGAACCGUGCAGACAUUUGGUUGGUCAAAAGUUUCUUGUGCAUGAUAUAAUGUGAACUGAAACAUGAACCACUUUUAUUCUUUUUUUAUAUUUAUGGCCUUUGAGGCAGAUUCCUACUUGAUUCAGUGUGAGUUUGUUUACUUGCACAUUGGAGGGCCUCGAUUCAAUUUGGGACUUUCAAGUUUCAAAUCCUUUGAUUCGUUAUGAAUGUACCAAACUCGUUCUUUUUAACGAUGACGCACCGAUUGAGCUUCGACCUACCGGCACCAAUUUUAGUCGACUACAGUUUCUCUUUACGAGACGUUUUUGUAGCUUUUCUGUCGUGAGGGGUCUUUAAGGUUUUCUAUUAUCUCAAAACAAAACUAAUUGAAUUCUGAUUUGAAAUGCUAAUGCUUUUUAGCAUCUGAUAUUCGAGAUUAGCAUGGCUUCUGAGAACGUAGAGCCUCUUGAGAUUUCUAGAAGGCUGCCAACAUUUUCCAGUCCAACAUUUCCAUGACAGAAAGAGGUCAAAAACUCAAACAGGUCAGCCUUCUGGCAAAGUAUGGUUUUAAGAGCUGGUGCGGUGUGUUCGCUGCCUUGCAAAAAGGUGGGAUGUUUGAGUUUUCCAUCGGUCAGAGCCGAUAAAGCUAAAAAUGGUCUGAUUUCAGUCGCUCGGUGCAUCUCUACUUUUCUCCCUAUAGCCUAAAUAUUCUGAUGUAUAGUUAUAAAGUUUUUAACGGUGUGUCGUGUUAGUUGUUAUGUCUCUCUUGCCACUACUUACUGAGAUACUGUAUUUUGUUGAAUUUACAUAUAUAUAUAUAUAUAUAUAUAUAUAUAUAUAUAUAUAUAUAUAUAUAUACGGGGGCACAGGAGGAGGGAUGUGAAAUCGAAAUCCUGAACUUGACUACUGUGUCCACUCAUACACUCAUUCACCAUCUUCCAUUUUAAUGCACUCUGACUCCGAUCCAAAGCAUUAACUUUUAAGGUAGCUGCCGCUUUAAGCUGCAUGGAAACUGUUUCCUUUCAUGCAAUUAUGCAAAGAAGUGCUUAAUAUUUUUUAUGUUGGAAAUGUUCAGCGUUACUAUUAUUACAAUUUUUUUAUUUUUUUUUUUUUUUUUUUUUACAGUUGACUUGAUUUGUUUUUAGUUUUUUUCUCAGCACACCCUCAUGCCUAAAACUA